AUGGUAGCGACUUCUGGUUCACAUCCAAACUGUUUUGUGAGCAAGUCGACAGAAACAGAUAAACCCGUGUUUCUUAUACAGUCCACAGUUUUUAGGUUUCCUCCAUCUGGGUAAAGCUACUCAGUAAGCUACAAUGCCUCCAAAGAGGAAAACCAAGAAAAAGGGAAAGGGGAAGCCCUUCAUGAUGGAAGAGGGUUUGUCCACAAAGGAGCUUUCCAAGGACCAGCUGUGGGAGACCCUCCUUCACCUCCAAGAGGAGCUUCAAGGGGUGCGUAAGGAGAAGAGCUUCUUCAAGCUAGAGAGGGACAAGAUCCAGGCCGCCUUGGAAACUUCCAAGAACAACCUGGAAGAAGCGGAGAUGCAGCUGAAGAAUAAGAGAAGAGAGAGGGCAGAGGCGGAGGAGCGCCACCGACUGGAGAUCAGUGUCUAUAAGCAGAAGAAGAAGCAUGUUCUGUCUGAGCAGCAGAACACCAUCUCAGAAGAAAAGAUGGAUGCUGUCUCCUCAUACUUGCUGCUCCAGAACCAGAACACUGAGUCUGACUUGAAACUGCUCAAAGAAAUCCAGGACCUGCAGGCAGACAGCAGGGAGAAGAGGCUCCAGGAGGAAAGCUCCAUAAAGCAGCUGAAACUGAAAAACCAGACAGAGCUGAUGAAGCUCAACAAGGAGUAUGAGCGCAGGAUACAAGGGAUGGAGGUGCAGAAAAUCUGGACUAUGAGAUAUCUGGAAGACACAUACCAGAGGAAGCAGAGCAAUACACUGAAUAAGAUUGAAACCCAGAUGAAACAUCACAUAGAGUUUCUGAACAUGGAACACAAUGAGAAGAUGCAGAGAAUGGAAGAAACACUUGAGAACUUUCAGGUCUCAAAGAACAAUUUUGCUUCAGAAAACAUUCUGAAGGGGGAGCUGAAGAAGCUGGAGAAGGAGGAGGUACAGCUGAAAAAACGUAUCUCCACUGCUCAACAGGAGAACCACUGUCUAAAUGAGACAUUGCAGGAGGUCCAACAGAAGCUAUCUGAGCUGCAUGGACAGGUGGAGGAACACAAGCACUCCAAAGAGUACAUGGAGAAGUACCGAGCUCAGCAGAAGGUGGUUAAAAAGGAGCUCACAGAUCUGACGGUGGAGCACGAGCUGCUCUUGCAGGCCUUCCAGAAGGUCCAAGAGGAGCGCGACGAGUUGCUGAAGAGACAGACGGAGAGCAUCCUGGACAUCCAGCAGAGGAGCGGCCUGAAGAAGAUUCUGCUGCAGAAGAAGUUGGCUGCAGUGACAGAAACUCUGGAGAAGAAGGAGGCGCAGCUCAGCGCAGCACUGUCGGUCUGCAGCAUCGAGCCAACGGCACGCAGCAACGCCAUCAGCAAGCUGGACGAAAUCCUGGAGUCCAAACGGAUCUCCAUGGAUGCUCUGCUGCAGGACCUGGAUCUAGAGUCUCAGGAGUACGAGCAGCUGUUGCACAGCUGGAAGGCUUCUUGAGGCUCACUGCUCGACUUUCCUUUCAGACCCGCUGAGAAGAUCCUGAAGGACGUGGGAUUGGACCAGUGAUGGCACAGCAACCUAACAUAAAGCAACAUAUUUCAGUUUU